AUGGCCACUACUCCUAAGGAGUUACCUUUCCUGGCGAACUCAACUGACCGAGAUAGAGAAGAGUGUACCUACUUGGGAGGAAUGGUUUGGCGCGAGUCGUAUCUCACAGGUGACAUUUACAGAAGUUUGGUAGCUUUAAUAUGUAUUCUCUCAAUACUGCUUAUCCCAACCGUCUCUUUAAACGGGUUAGUUAUCUUGGCGGUGGCCACAAAGAGACAACUGCGAACCAACUCAAACAAACUCUUAGCUUGUUUGGCGGGGACAGAUUUGCUGGCCGGAUUGGUUGUUAUACCCAUUGCCAUAGCGGUCAACGUGAAGCGAGCCUUUGAGAUCGGUCCAUUUUGUGAGUUAGAAAAGGCUCACGUUGUAGUUUUCUGGGUACAAAGCAUUGCUACGCUGACUUUUCUAUUUUUGAUAAGCGGGGACCGAUAUAUUGCUAUAAAGUUUUCCUUAAGGUACCGACAGAUUGUCACAGGACAGAGGAUCAAAAAGGCAGUGGUUGUUGCGUGGGUCAUCACAGUUUUUGGAACGAUUCAGGAAAUUGUGAUUGCCACCAGAGAAAGUACAACGAACAUAUAUGCGUUAUAUUGGAUGGUGAAUAUCGUUGUGACUGCUUUAUUCGUGUUACUUUGUAUCAUUGGCAUAACGUUCAUGUAUCUGUCCAUCUUCCUUGAAACACAGCGACAGAAAAAACGCCUACAGGCAGGACAGCUGUCACCUCAAGAAGCUAAAGAGUUGAAGAAAGAUGUAAAUAACAAGGCAACCGUCACACUAUCCUUAAUUCUAGGAACUUUAGUACUGACCUACUUGCCUUUGAUAACUGUCGCCUCAAUUCAGGCUUUCACAAAUUUUUUUGAGUCGGGUACGAAAAUGGCUUUGAUAAGCUGGACUGAUUGUGCUGCGGUCUUCAACUCACUUUUUAACCCCAUAAUUUACUGUUGGCGUAAUCAAAAUCUAAGAAAGGCUCUUCUUGAAGUCAUUCACCGAGAAAAACGAGAAAAUACCCCUCCAGUAUCAAAAAUUCAGCCCUCUAUUUCUAAGACCUUUAAAGAAUCAGCGCCCAACCAGGAAGUAGUUUUGUUGUCAUGCAGCCAUUUUAAAGCUGAAGAAAUCGUUCGCAUAGGGGAAACAGAUGAUCAUGUCUUGUAA